AGGGCCAAAGUGGCUCCAGCCAAGAGGAUGAGCAAGUUCUUGAAGCACUUCACUGUUGUUGGGGACGAUUACCAUGCGUGGAACAUCAACUACAAGAAGUGGGAGAACGAGGAGGACGACGAGGAGGAGGAGCAGACAUCGCCGGCACCUGCGUCCAGCGAGGAGGGCAGAGCCCCCGACCCAACGGCGGCCCCCAUCCCCGUGCCCCGGCCCCCCCUCGACUUCAGGGCCACACUGAGGAAGCUCUUUAGCUCCCACAGGUUUCAGGUUGUCAUCAUUUGCCUGGUCAUUCUGGAUGCCCUCCUGGUGCUCGCUGAGCUCAUUCUGGACCUGAAGAUCAUCGAGCUUGACAAGAAUGACUAUGCCGCCAAGGUGUUCCACUACAUGAGCUUUGCCAUCCUGACCUUUUUUAUGAUGGAGAUCUUUUUUAAAUUAUUUGUCUUCCGCUUGGAGUUCUUUCACCACAAGUUUGAAAUCCUGGACGCCAUUGUGGUGGUGGUUUCCUUCAUCCUCGACUUUGUCCUCCUGUUCCAGAAGCACCAGUUUGAGGCUCUCGGCCUGCUGAUUCUGCUCCGGCUGUGGCGGGUGGCCCGGAUCAUCAACGGAAUAAUUAUCUCAGUUAAGACACGUUCAGAACGGCAACUGCUGAGGUUAAAACAGAUGAAUAUACAGUUGGCCGCCAAGAUCCAACACCUUGAAUUCAGCUGCUCUGAGAAGGAACGAGAAAUUGAAAGGCUGAACAAGCUACUGAAACAGCAUGGACUUCUUGCUGAGGUCAACUAGACACGCGCCUGCUCCAUCCCGAAGAGAAGACCCUUGCCUCACAGGCUUGUGCCGCUGACAAGAAAGACAGCUGUCCCUCCUGGGGCCGUUUCAGGGAGAGGUUUGGUUUGAUGCCUUUGCCUCACCCCCACCCAGCUCAGAUUCUGGGGGGCUGAGGAGGAAAGUCUGUGGGAAGGCUCGCUCUUUCUUGGCGUGACCAAGAGCUUCCCCAUCCCAUUCUCACCCCCUAUCACAAUGUUAUCACAAACUAUAUUUUCUCAUGUUAAACACUUGACUCUUGCUUAAAAUGAAGGACAAAGUUGGACAACUACUAGUUGUAUAUAAAAUUUAAUCUCAUCAAAUGUACUUUUCACAUUUCGCAUGUAUGAGGAACCAGUGCAUCAUUUCAUAUGAGCACUCUGAAAGACAAAAGAAAAAAAGGAAGCUACCUUAGCUACUAGCCCAUUCUAGAAAAGUCUUAUUUUCUUAAGCUG